AUGAGCGCGCCAGCUAAUACAGAUGUCACGUUACUGACAGAACACUUUUCAUACCGUCCGGCGGCUCUAAUAGACGACAUUGUCAAUUCGAUAAUCACAUUAUCCUUCAAAGCGACAGAAGCCGUCGAGAAAGGCUUACUAGCAGCCAAUCCAUCCGACCUCGGCUUCAAAAUCCCACCUCAAACCACACCCGAAGCUCAAGAAGCAGCGAAAGCAAUCGCAGAUGCUGCGAAACACGAGAUUGAGAAUGGGGUCCACCAACUAGAGACAUUACUCGAGACGAAAAUAGACAAGAACUUCGAUAGGCUGGAGCUAUGGGCCUUUAGGAAUAUACUGAGCGUGCCGCCGGAAGUGAGGGAUUGGGUGCGAUUGAGUCAUUAUGAGGGGUUGACCUUUGUAGAGGAUAAGGAUGCGCCGAAUACGGAGACGGUUACCAUACAAAGGAAGAAGUUGAGGGAGACACAGAAAUUGCAUUCGUUGCUGUUGGCUGAGACAGCAAAGAAUGAGGCAACAAUUGCGGAGCUGAAGUCGCUGCUUUUGACUCAGAGGCCGAAGCAAGAGCCGGAUACAGAGGCGCAGGAGACGUAUCCUGCAUUUGCAUUCUUGCAGAACAAGGGCGAUAUCACGGGCGAUGUCUCGCAUCCAGUUACAACUACGGCUUCUUUUGCGAUAUCGCAAUUGCCAGCGCUGAAAAGCCUAUUUGAGAAUUUGAAACCGAGGUUGGAUGAAUUAGCGAAUGGAAACGGGAAACAGGGCCUACUUGGCGAAGAGGAGAAGACCUGGAGAAAAGAAAGAUUAGAGUUCAUCGAGAAGGAGACGAAGAGGCAUUUGGAAAAUGUCAGGGGCCUCGAGUUGGGUGAAAUGGGUGAAGUGAGGGAUGGAGAGUGGCAAGGAAAGGGGAGGAAGCUUGGCAAAGGAGAGGUGGAAGAUUUGGAGAGAGUAGUGGGGAUGGUUGGUGGUGCUGAAGGCGACCCGAUGGAUGAAGACUAG